AUGAAGGGCCAACGCGAAAAGGCCGGCCGCAUGCUAUCCCGACUGGGCAACCCAGCGUCGGAGUCACCACUCAUUCUCGCAGACAUAGUCCGCACACACGAAGAAGAGCAACAGCGCAACGAAGCCGCCAAGGAGGCCAGCUUCCUGGAAUGUUUCAAGGGAGUCAACUGGCGCCGCACGCGGAUCAUCCUCUACUGCAAUGCUCUGUCGCAGGUGAUUGGGUCUAGCUUCAUGACUAACGGACCGUAUUUUCUCGUGCAGGCGGGCAUGUCUUCUGCGAAGACGGGAAUGAUGACGGAGAUAGGUAUUGCGUUUGGGAUUGCCAGUUCCCUGAUCACGGGGUACGUGAUGACCGUUUGUGGGAGACGAGCGCUGGUCAUGUUCGGCAUUGGGCUCUCGACGAUGCUGUUCACGGUUAUGGGUAUUGCAGGGUGUUUUCCACACUCGAGUCCGGCGUUAUGGGUGGUCGGCAUCUUCCUCGAACUCUCUUGGUGGGUCUACGGUCCCGCCAUCGGCCCAGCCAUGGCCAUUGCAGGUGAAGUGUCGUCAGUGCGACUGCGCGCCAAGUCACUAGCCAUCGGGUUCACAUUCAACUAUUUCUUCUCGACGGUGUGGAACGUGGCGAUGCCGUACCUAUAUAACAGUGACGAGGCGGAUCUAGGGGGAUUGAUCGGGUGGAUCUUUGCGGGCAUGGGAGCUGUCACAAUGCUGAUUCUGUUCUUUGAACUGCCUGAGACUAAGGGGAGGAGCUUUGAGGAGCUGGAUGAGAUGUUUGCGGCGAGGGUGCCGACGAGGCAGUUUAGGCGGUAUCAGUGUGAGGUAGGGUUGGGAUAUGCGAGGAAGGUGGUGCAUGAUGGGGAGGAUUAG